AUGUCCACUCACACCAUUGUCAUCAUCGGUGCGUCCUUCGCUGGACUCAACAUCGCCCAUAACCUGCUGAAGACUAUCCUACCCCAAUUGUCCUCGGCCGAGAAACGUGCCUACAAGGUCGUUCAGAUCGCCCCCAACGACGAGUUCUACUGGAAGAUUGGCGCUCCUCGAGUUCUCGGAAACCCCAAGUCGCUACCGCUGGAAAAGGCUCUCAUCCCCAUCGCCCCUGCCUUCAAGGCCUACUCAGCAGAGCAGUACGAGUUCAUCAAAGCCCACGUCACUUCGAUUGAUCCCUCGAGCCGGACUGUUCACACCAGUACCUCAAAUGCCGUCCACUACGAUUCCCUCAUCAUUGCCUCCGGUACCAGCUUUGCAAGCCCCUUGUGGUCUGUGACAGACGGCUCUGAACCUCUGAAGACCGCCAUCAGCGAGAUUCACAAAAAGCUCCCCGACGCAGAGUCUAUCUUGAUCGCUGGUGGAGGUGCUGCUGGUGUGGAGACUGCAGGCGAGUUUGGAGAAGUGUACGGAAAGAAGAAGGAAAUCACACUUUUGUCUGGCAGCACUUCCCUGCUUCCUAGACUACACAACAAGAAGGUGGGCCAUGACGCUCAAUCUCGGCUUGAGAAGAUGGGAGUCAAGGUUAUCAACAACAGUGUUCGAGUCGUGGAGCACACCACUGAAGGCGGCAAAGAGGUGUUGAAGUUGAGCAAUGGAGAAACCAAGACUGUCGAUAUCUACAUCGAGGCUACUGGUGACAAGCCGAACAGCAAAUUUGUCCCUCAGGAAUGGUUGGACGAUGCGCAAAGGGUGAAGACGGACCCUCAUACUCUCCGUCUAGAUGUUUCUGGGGUCACGGGCGUCUAUUGCAUUGGUAGCGUCGCCAGCUACGCAGAUGGCUCCAUCCUCGACGUCAAGUUCGCAGCACCAGCCCUCUUGGAAAGCAUCAAGACGGACCUUCAAGGCAAAGGUGGCCCGCGCACCAACAAAAUCUACAAGAAAAUUACCAGCGACAUGCAGUUUGUCCCCAUUGGUUCCCAGGGAGGCGUGGGUGUUGUCUUCGGCUGGAAGCUCCCCAGCUUCUUGGUCAAGAUGGCCAAGGCCAAGGACUUCAUGAUCGGCCAAGCUGUGAAGACCGUCGAGGGCACCGCAUGA